AAUUUAAUUUAAUUUAAUUGAAAACUGUUGUUCUACAUACGAUAAGGUUUUAGUAUUAGGAUAUUAAAAUUUUUAAUACAAAUUGGUCAUCGGUUGGUAUACAAAAUUACUAUGAAUAUUGUAUGUCUUUCUGUGAAUUUCCCCAACUAAAUGAAGUAGUCAAUCAAAUGGGACGGACUCUGGACGUAGUUUUAACAUAUCAGACACGUUGGUGUUAGUAUGCGAAGUAUAUAUUCCUUUAACAGAAGUUGAUACUACCCCCUGUUAACGGGAAUUAUUUCGGACGAGUCUAACGGUCGUGAUUUAUGUUACCACCUCCUGAUAUCGGGUGGACAACAAGUUCGAUCUCCGCGAUGGAAUUUUCAAGGUGCCAUCCGGCUCAGCUCAAGGUGGCAUCUUCACGCAUCACGCUUCAUCUUCAGUAGUUCGCGAUAAUCUUCAGAGUGAUUCGUCUGUGUAACAUUAUUAGCGGAUAUGACGAGUUCAAUAUAUUUAAUUGUUCAAUAAAUAAGUUCACAGAAAGAAAAAACUAGUGAAAUAAAAUAAUUAAACUGAUGCAGAGAGCGACUUUGGAUUAGACUAUUUAGAGAUUUAUCAAAAUUUAUAAGUGAGCAAAUAUAAAAUAGUUAAGAUUGAUAACGACGACAGAGAUUGAAAAUAUUAUCUUUUACCAUACUCACUAGACGCAGUGCAGUUUUAUACAAUGACUAACAUCAACACUGAAGUGGUUCUGCGUAAAUUACUCGACAAUAUAGCUAAAGAACAUAACUAUAAAGACCCUAAUGUGAACGUGCGAGCUAUAACUACCGCCGGUGCUAAUUAUAGUUCGGUACUAUAUAUAGUAAUAAUUUCGGCACCUAAAAAGGAAGAACUUCAACUUUUCGCCAAAGUCGCCAUUGUAGGUAAGGUCGCUCGUUCGCAGUUACAUUUACCACUAUUCGACAUAGAACGCUUCGCAUAUAAAGAAUUAUUACCAGCGUAUGAAAAAAUACAAGAUAAAAACAAUUUGUCUAAAGAAAAGAGACUAGUUUGGCCUAAAUUUUACGGUUGUAAUCAAAAUCUGUAUGAAGAAACAAUAGUUCUUGAAAAUUUAGCAAUUAAAGGAUACGUAACAUAUGACAGACUCAAGUCGGUUAACUGGGGUUACGCUUCCAAGGCUGUUGAAACGCUCGCUAAAUUUCACGCCCUGUCCAUAGCUUAUGGCGAAGAAAAUCCAACACAAUAUGCUGAACUGAUACAAAAAAUGAAGGUUAAACCAAAUUCAUUGGACAAAAUGGCUGGUACUUUAGACAAAUUAACAGAUAUGGCUGUAGGUGUGAUAAAAGAAGAAAAUAAAGAAAGAUUAAAACAAUAUAUUUCAAAAGAAGGUGACCUCAAAAACAUAACGACACUUUAUCAGUCAACAGGUAUAAUUGUUUUAAAUCAUGGUGACUACAGACCGAGCAAUUUAAUGCACAAAAUGAAAGAUGAUGGAAGUUUAGAUAUUAUUCCUAUAGACUUUCAAACAAUAUCAGCCAAUAGUCCUGUUCACGACUUGUACUAUUUUAUUUUCACGAGCUCAGAUGAAGAGUUCAGGCGUAAAUACUAUGAGCAAUUGCUUGAUCAUUACUACCAACAACUGUGUCGAGCAUUACGCAAUCUGAACCUCGAUUCUGAAAAGCACUACCCUAAGAAGAGUUACGAAAAGGAUUUAAAGGAAUUUGUACGUUUCGGCCUGUUCCAUGGUGUAUUUUCACUGCCAAUGAUCACUGUUGACGCCGAGAAUGCGCCAGCUCUUCAUGGCGAAGACGGUAUCAACUGCGUGCAGAAUAUCAAAACCAGCGACCUGUAUUUAGAGAGGCUGAAUGGAAUUGUAAAUGACUAUGUACGAUGGGGUAUACUUUGAACGUACUGUUUUUCCAUGAAUCCAAAUUAAUUAAAUAAUAAAUGUGAAUGUACUUUAAUGUUUCCAAAUUUAUAUCCAAAAUUAUCUCGAGUGACAUAUUUGUAAGUAAAAAUUAUAUAAUAAUAUUUAAAUAGUGCAUAAAUUUAUAAUAAAAAAUUUUAUUGACAAA